ACGUUACUGUACAAGUCAUCGUAUGACAUAGGAGGAAGUGAAGGCAGCAGUUGCAAGAUAUAGUAAUUUUGCCAGCUAAUCUCAGAUACAUUUUUUUAUCCGAGAAGAUAUGUCAGCAAGCAUGCAAAUUAAGAUUGGAAUCAUUGGAGGCUCUGGCCUUGAUGACCCAGACAUAUUGGAGGGAAGGACCGAGAAAUAUGUAGACACACCUUAUGGAAAGCCUUCAGAUGCCCUUAUAAUGGGGAAGAUCAAAAAUGUUGAAUGUGUGCUCCUUGCAAGGCAUGGGAGACAGCACACCAUCAUGCCAACCGACAUCAACUACCAGGCUAACAUCUGGGCGUUGCGAGAGGAGGGCUGCACACAUCUCCUGGUCACCACGGCCUGUGGUUCCCUCCGGGAAGAGAUCCAACCGGGAGACAUCGUCAUCAUCGACCAGUUCAUAGACAGGACGACAAAGAGGGCCCAGACGCUGUACGACGGGCGGCCCACCAGUCCUCCAGGCGUGUCUCACAUCCCCAUGGCUGAGCCCUUCUGCACCCGGACCAGAGAGGUGCUGCUGGAGGUGGCGCGCGGCCUGGGGGUGAAGUGCCACCCGCAGGGUACGGUGCUCACCAUCGAGGGCCCUCGCUUCUCGUCGCGUGCCGAGAGCCUGAUGUUCCGCCAGUGGGGUGCCGAUGUUAUUAACAUGACCAGCGUGCCCGAGGUGGUCCUCGCCAAGGAGGCGGGCCUUUGCUACGCCAGCAUCGCCAUGGCCACCGACUACGACUGCUGGAAGGAGCAUGAGGAGGCUGAAAGUUAGUAUGAGAAGACAGGAGGAGAGUGUCAAACACGCAGUGGGAUGGAUACGCAUCGACGCCCAACGGCGACAGUGGUGUGCAGCCGCUUGUCAGCAACCCAGGCCACAGGGAAGAAGCUUUUACACAAGUGUGUGUGAGGUUCUGUAACUGUUUCGAGGAGAGAUGUUUUGGAUUGUCCUCAAUUUUCAGUUGCACCACAACACAGAUUAUCUGUAAAUUUGUUACGCAAAUGCACCCGUUUCACUAAGAUGACGCAUUCAUGUACUGCAUGUGGUCAAUUGUCUUGUUACUUGGUAAUAUGUCUUACAUCCGCUUUCACAGCAGUUGGACAUUUCCAACUGAAAUAUUAGGCAAAAAAUGAGUGGCUAAGAACUGAAAUGCGUCAGAGCUUUUUAUUUUUCCCAUCGUAAAACACUUACUGCUUUCCUUGUUUCAAUUUCUCAGGGCUCCGGUCUUUCCCACCAGAUUCUUGACAAGGUGACAUGACAUUUUACCUCACGUGGUAUUUAGAAAGAGUCAAAUCAAAUGUAGGUUAGAGGUCACCGUCAGUGAAUUCCAUGAACACUUUUAGUGUAGAUUGAUUUCUCUCUGAAUUUUGAGAACUAGCCUUUUUUUCUUAAUAUCCUGUGUGUAGUUAGUCACUUCCCCAUCAGUAAGAGCCAUUGUUUGGUAGUGUGUCUAAAACGUCCAUGACAUGAGGGCUGAAGUGACCGUUCCGUUUCUAAAACGGCUCCCAACGUGUACUCCAGUUGUCACACUGACCUAGAAGUCAACUCAAUCUGAUUUAAAUGCAUUUAUAUUUGUACAUAAGCAAAGCAGGAAUUCAAAAUGUGUCUCAAGUUAAUAACUAAAUAGUCACAUGCCUUUGUCACAAAGCUGUAGCAAAACAAAUGCAAAUAGUAUUUUUUCGGGAUUUGAAAUUGCACAAUAACAUUUUGUCUGGUAUAGAUUUCCUCCUCGUCAGCGUUUUACAGGCAACUGUUUACGUUUCUAAUUCUUCCGCCUGAUUGUUAUAUCACUCUGAAGUACCUCAUGUACACACACACACACACACACACACACACAACAGCUUCCGAGUGAGUGACUCACCCACUCUCCAGUUGAUAAAUUAUGUCUGGGGGAGGCUCGGCUUCCGUGCCCUUACCCGACUUCCCCUUCCUAGUUCCUGCAGCUGACCUCCUGGCCACCCCUCCCCCUCCUUCCCCCUCCUGUUGCACACCCUCUCGCCACAUCCUUCCGCCCUAUCUACGCCUUCCCGCCUUCCCUCCCUGGCUCCCGCCCUCCCUCGCUGUGAGCCUGCCAGCCUCCGCUGUGAGCCUGCCAGCCUCCGGUGUGAGUCCUGCCAGCUGAGGUUGAGUCACCGGUAUACAGUUGUCCACAGGGCCUGAGAGAUCUCAACAAAACAGACCCUCAGUUCAGGGGUGUGUUCAUUAGGGCACACAUCAACAAAAAAUGUUUUGCUGGUCACAUGUUGUGGCCAUUGUGCUACAUUUCACAAAGUAACUUGGUCUCAUGUUGUAGUGCAUCAACAUGUCAUUAAAAGGUUGUAUAAGUGAAUGUCCUUUGAGGAGUACCAUGGUAACAUACAAUCUUGGGUGGCACACCCCAACUGUAUCGUCUUGUUAUAAACGGCAUGCUGUCUGGAGCUGCAUGGCAUUUAGCCUAGUCGACAGUGAGUGUAGGAACAAUUUAUCUGAAUUCAUCAUAGUAAUUAUCUCAAUGUACAUGUAUGAUUCGAUCAAAUUCUUUACAUGUUUUGCUCCAAUCUAAAUGCUGUUAAUGGUGAAAAGGAUUGCCUAAACCUGCAUUGUCUCUAUAGGAUAAGAUCAACAUGGUUAUCAUGGCUUUAUAGCCGUAUGUAUUAUAAUGGGUUUCUAUCAUUACUUACUGUACUGUAAGUAGCCAUAUGUAUCACAUCUUGAUGCAGCCCUUGCUUGGUCUAAAGUAGCGCACUAAAUAGGUGACCAGGUGCUAUUUGGGACACAAUCUUGAUGUUGUUGGAGCUGCUGUGUCCAAAGUCUCCAUGGACACAUCACUCUCUGUCUGACAGAGAUGGAUACCACUCCCUAAUGUGUUUCAGUUAUUGUCAUGUGUUGUCAUUACCACUGAUGACUAGGCGGUAAUGAAGUGAAGGACAGAGGUAGGUAAUUACGCAACAAGCAAGGGUUUAACAAACCAUUAGAUUAUCUUUAGUGAUUUUCAUACUCCCUUUUACUUGAGCUGUUAGCUAUACCAUGCUGUAAGGAGUACAGGUGUGUUUCGCACGGUCUUAUUUUAUAGUCUUAUCUAAGCAAACAGUCCUAUAGAAAUCACUCCACGGGCUAGCUGCCAAUGUUUACAGAGGAUGGGCCUAGCUUUCAGAGCACCCCGUUUUACACUCUGCAAUGUGUAAAUCCUAAAACGCAUGAAGGCACGAAAAACACAUGGGAAACGUUGUAUGAAAUAAAUGCCUGCUAUUGAACCAUGCUCAUUGCGCACUCAAACUGGACCUGUAGGCUGUCUGUGUGAACUGGGCAAAAGAGAGGAGCGUUAAUUCACAGAUGUGUUUAUUUUGUACCUCACAAUAUUUCAACUGAGGCUUGGGUUUAAUUUGUUUUGUUUUUUGCGCUCAAGUUCAAAAUGAAGUUGACGUUCGAAUGCGGUUGCUUGGAGACAAUCACGAGACGGGUAAGAAAGGAAAGUGAAAGUAAUGUUGACAGUAGCUCCAGGUCUUAACGAGUCCAACCGGCUGUGUGACUGUCCAGGCGUGGCACUACGAUCUGUCACGAUGACUCUUGUCAGAUUACUGAGGUGUGAAUUUUUAUCAGCAAUAGCAAUGGGCGAUAAUAUCAUGGAUUAAGUAAACGCAUGUAAUUACACAACAAGCAAUGUAUUUGUGUGUUCAGGAGGGCGUUUUUGUUGUCAGUUUCCACAGAUAAUUAUUUUUAUGAACCGCCUGGUUCGAACAGCCUUGGUUAUACUGUAAAAACUAACUUUGAAUAUAUAUAUAUAAAAAAAAAUAGCCCUUUAACUAGGCAAGUAAAUUAUUAUUUACAAUGACGGCCAAACCCGGAUGACGCUGGGCCAAUU